AUGUCAGGCUUCCCUCACCUCGCCCUCAGCGCCGACCAAGACCCUGCAAACCCACCCCGACGCAAUGCCCAGUCCUCGAGCCAGGUAGCAACGCCCACCAGCUCCUCGGGCUUUGCGACUCCGCGCAGCAGCUGCCAGGCCCAGCUGCGCGCUCCCGUGCCCGCGCCCGCCGCCCCGACACCCUGCUCUGAACAGCCCCCACCAACGGCCACCGUCUCUGAGUUUUGGGAUUGGGAAAACGCCAUCGACUUCACCGACGUCGCCGACUUCUAUGAGCCCCAGGGCGAGCUUGCCAAAGCCCAGUACGAGCCGCCCGCCCAGGAUUUCAGCUUUCCCCACGCCUUCUCCCACAGCGCCAGCCCUCGGCUUACGCCCUCAGCCGCCUCUCCUUUCCUGGAUGCGAGUAAUCCUUUCCCCGCCUUUCCUUUUGCCUUCCUCCCGCCGACGGCACCCGGCUCCGCCUCUGUCUCGGCCCACCCGGCCAUGAAGCGAAAGGACCGUUCCGAGUCGGCCUCUAUUGGCUCUGCCGCCGCCGUGCCGUUUGGCCAUGAUGCCAUCCAGGAGCCCGCCGCCAAACGUACCGCAACUUCGCGCUCUUCCUCUAUCGCAGACGAGAGCCCUACUCUCACCCAAGGCGCAACCUUUGCGAACGAUGGAUCCCCGGACGCCCUGGGCAAUGCCGCCAAACCAACGCCCACCGCCGCCGCCCAGCCGGUAGGCCGUUCUACGCCCGUUGGCUCCGCAAAUGCGUCCAACACCGCACAGCCAAUGGCCACGCGGCCGCGCAAGAUUGCUGAGCUCUCAAAUAACUAUUCAGCAAUCUUACCUGCCGGCAAGGUCUUUCCCAUUCAGAUUGGAAACGAACUGUUCCGGCUCUCGGGUGCCUCGAUUUCUUCAGAUGCACCCUCGUAUUUCUCGCAUUUCUUUGCGGAGCAGCUGUACAACAACCCCAGCGGAAGGGCAGGUGACGUGAAGACGUUGUACAUCGACCGCGAUCCAGCCACUUUCAGGGACAUUUCCCUCCAUCUUCAGGGCUACUACGUCAGACCGCGCGAUGGAGAGCAUUUCGUCCGCUUGUUUGCUGAUGCUCAGUUCUACAGCCUGCCUCGUUUAACCCAACAGCUUUUCAAGUCGGAAAUCUUCAUUCAGAUUGGUGGACGUGACUUUCAGAUACCCCGUGAUCUCUUUUCUGGUCCUGGAGACUCGCCGAAUUUCUUUUCAUUGGGUUUCGCGCAUUUUUUCACGACUCCUCAAGAGGUUUUCCCGGGACUGGAUCGCCAGACCCUCCUUCGGCCACCAUCGAUUCUUCCACCAUCUGUACCAAACCGCUCCGCACAGACCUUUGAGGAUCUCUUGCGCUUAUUGCAAGGCUAUCCCCUGCAAAUCCGUGACGAAGGCCAUCGGGCAGAUUUGAUCAGAGAUGCACGGUAUUUCCAUUUCAAAGGCCUUGAACAACGCCUCCUUCCGUGCGAAAUCACCUACAACCUUGCACGCGAGAAGUCGGAAAUUCUUAUGCGCCUAGAGGAUAUCCGGCAGUCGGGCAUCUCAUUUUUGCCUGACUUGGAUUCAAUCUCAGGCGCAGACUCUACCUCGAGCGCUGCUGCAACUCCGGCUGCAGGACCGCCACCCAGCGUAGGUGGAAGUACUCGCGCUGGAUGGGUCACGUACGCACGACCGUACGCGGAUGAUUCUGCACACGAACUCAUACUGGAGAUCUCCGGCGAAUCGGCGCGAAUCGACAUACAAUCAAUGCGUGCCACCUUCUACGACAAUACGAAAGCUCGGAUCUCCAGCCUUUUCCAAGUCAUCGCCAGCAAAAUGGGCCUACCCGCGACUCAACCACUUGGUCUUAUGAUGCUGCAAACAGGCGGCGGCGUAGCUGCUCAACCUGCAAGCCCAGCAAACUCUGGCACCUGGACGGUUUGCCAGUCUCAGUCGACAGGCGGGACCGUGAGACUGGUCAAAUUCUGGAUCCGCAAUCGAGCCUGCUUUUGCGCCUGA